GGGGAAUUCGAGGCGGGUCUGAAUUUACCUUUUAGUCUGGCCUCAGAUUCAGACAAACCGGAAUCUUCAGAUUCUAACAAACCUGAAUAUUUAGAUUCUGACAUACUUGAAUCUUCGGUAUCAGACAAACCGGGAUCCAAGACAAAUGUCAAUAGCAGAAAGGAAUCUUACAGAAGACAGAAGGAGAAAGAGCUUUACGAUCCAUUUCUAGACCCUGUCGAGAGCCCCGCGGAUGUUUUCAAAGACGAGGACGCCUCGAUUGAGACCUUCGAUUACAACACGAAAGGGAAGUUCUUGGAUGAGAGACUCACAGAUCUGGACUUGGACCCGGGGCCCUACGAGACGAAAGCCGAGUUCUUGGAGAAGAGCGACCAGCAGGAGCUGGAGGGGGUUGAGAAAAUGCUGACAAAGUUAAAGUUUCGUGCCAAACUGAGCAGGGACAAGCGGGAGAAACCGCAAAUAUUCCCUUUGAGGAAGAACAGAAGCGAAUCCGAUGUUCGUCCAUUUUCAUCAUCGGUCUCUAAACGUCGAUUUGGGGGCUCCACAACUUCGCGGUUUUUUAAAGAAAUUAACCAUGAGCGGCGGAUGAGGAGGGCUGAUAUAAAGAAUGCAACUCUGUUGGUCUCUAGAAAUUUCACAGAUCGUAGUUUGCAAAGAUAUGACAAUGUCCAGUCGUGGGCUAGAAUCAAGCGACGUGCGGCCAGACCUGACUUGACCAGAGUGAAACCUGUCCGGGGUAGUGAGUAUAAGGUCGAGGCAGAAGUUAAGAGGCGGGAAAAGUACGCCGAUACGUCCAAAUAUGAUUUCAGUGAUUACGGACUCGAGGUCUCGUAUGACGAGAUGGACAUGACGAAACCGGAGGAAGGCGAGGUGCCUCCGAGUAUGGGGGACACCCUGAGUGACAUCGAUGGAAGUUACCUGAGCGACGACCCGGGAGAUUUGUUCUCGCCGGGGUCGAAAGCGGUGAACGAAGCGGACGAUGCGGCCUCACAAGAGUUGAAACGGGUCGCCGAGGUGGAAGCGGUCGGUGAGAUGGAAGAUGUCGGCGAUGUAAACGAUAAAAAUAACAAGAAUUUGGGGGUUGCAUUAAUGAAACCUUUAGGACACGAUGGAGAGCUCACCAACUUUAAGCGACCGAUUGGUCCCCACAAUGACAUGGACAUGGCAAUGAGGUCAGUCGACAAAAAUCUGGGACUGAGUGGAGCAGACGAGCUAACAGGUCAACCCAUUGGCGACAACUCUGACAUCGAUACUGAAAUUGGAGACAUCGUGAAUGAGAGUGAAGGUGGGGCCACGAGAGACGAAGCUGACGAGGGCCUGAAGGUCUUUGACCAAAUUUUGAGGGAUAACAUGGACGAUUAUAGUGAUUUGAAAAUUCCUGGUGAUGUAAAUCUUGACAAGAAAGCUGUCGGUCAACAAUUGAUGGCGAUGGAAAAUGCAAGAAUUAAAGGCAUCGACGCAGAGAUGAUGAGGCAGCGACUCAAUAUAAUGGAAGAAACGGUGGCAGAAAGGCUCAGAGAGAGGUUGGAGCAUGAGAAGGAGUUAAAGGAAAUCGACAACAUUGAUGAGCUGCAGAGGGAGAUCUCUGAAUCCCUGGAAGAGAUGAGCACCAUGAUGAAUAUCAAGAAUAAGUCGAAGAAUGCUACAACACGUAAGGUUUCGACCCAAAUCCCGCAUACGUACAAUCAAAGUAAACUGGGUCUAAACACUACCAGUAGCAGUAGUCGUCAAAACGAAACGACAUGGAAUGAGGAACACCAAGAUAUGAGCUCCACAGACUCGCCUGAACACGGAGACGCGGUCAUUAAUUAUAGUGUUGGCUACAACAACAUCAAAGGCAAUCAAUUGACCACGAACUCUCCAAAGAAAGUCAGUAAACCAACGACUUCCCCCAAACCGGUUGAGCGUGGCGGAACCUCUAAGGGCGUGGCGAUUGGUCAGAAGGAGGGUACACAAUGGCGGACGCGCGAGUCUUAUUACGACAGGAAGCGUGACAGAACUACUGAAGGCGAGGCGAGUGAUCGGAGAGAAGGUGAGCUAUGGCGGACGGGCAAGUCUUAUAACGAGAGGAAAAACAGAAAAAAAUUUCUAGACGAAGACGAAAUCGAGUCGCCUCCGAGAGCUAACUGGAACUAUGAAAAUAAACUAUACAGCAAGUAUAUAAAAUCUGACACACCAGAGCAAUAUCGAGAAGAAUCGUUGAUCGUUGAAGAACACAAACCGGUAGUUCAGGGAGAAAAUGAAAAACGAGUUUCAAAUGCCACAGCCAGGAAACAACAUUCAACAAAGCAGCAUCGGUCUCGCAAGCGGCGCAACGUUGGCGCACAGAAGGAGAUGAGCGAUGCGAGAGUUGCUGACAUAAACGAACUUUCUUCGGAGCCCGGGUCAAGCUACGGCAUGGGUGAAGGGAUGAGUGAGUUCAGUUCCAUGCAGAGUUACGAUCCUGAACAUGACGUCAUUUGGGCUGAUAACGAUGACGAUGAUUUACAGUUAGAAAACAGCCAAAUUUGGCUGGAAGAAACAGAUCGAAAAGCCGCCGAAGAAGAGAAAAGUAGAAAAAACAGUUCCCAAAACGAGAUGCUGGAAAAGAAUGUGUUUCCAUUCGCUGACCCCCUGGCUGUUGGGAAUUUUAAGGAAGAACUAGAAACUGGAGACCCACUAGAGUCGGGUGAUCAUUUUCGUCAAGAUGGAACUAAAACGAAGCAGUUUAAUAUAGAAGAAAAGGAUGUCAGUGACGAACAAGCUCUGGAAAACAAGAACAAUCAAAUCAAGUUUCAGCCUCCAACAAUCGAAAAACCUCUUACAGACGAACAACUUCUAGCAGAAUUUCAACUGACGAAAAACUCUAAGCUUCCAACAAACAACCAGUCUCCACAACGCUACCAACUUCUAACAGACAAACAACUUCUAACAAACAAACAACUUAUAUCAAACGACCACCUUUUAACAAACGCACAGCCUGGAGAUGAGGAACUCAGCAAACAGAACAUUGAUGCAAACAAUAGCAACCCCCUUUCUAUGUACUCAAAAUUCCUUGGUGCCAUUGGGAUGACGUCAACAAACAACCAAACAAUGCUCGCCUCAGAAAAGAGCCAAUCAAACAUUGUGAUAAAAGACGUACCAGUAGCAGCCAUUCAGGAUGUCGUAACAGCGAAGAACUCAGUCUCAAUGAACGUUAAACAACUGGCGACCACAAACCUCGCUGAAGCCGAAUCUAAACGCAACGACAGCAAUGGGACUAUGGUGAUGGAUCCAUCAUUUAUAAAAGACCAAAUCAAAAAGGUUAAAUUUGAACCAUCAAACAUCGCAGAAUACCAUGAUAGAAAUCCCACUUUAUUUGAUGUUGAAGCCCAGUCACCCCUGGCCGUAUCAAAGAGUAAUCAGCCCUUGGCGACAGCCGAGCUAAACGCAUCAGAAGUAGAAACACUCGAGGAUUUCAUAAAGGGUUUGCGUGAAAGCAAGCGACCCAUUGCAAAGUCUAAGAAGGAAGCACUUGAGAAGGUUCUUGGGAAAUCUAGAAAUAGCCAGCUACCCGCUAUCCCCCAAAGCAACGCAGACGAGAUUCCAACCAAAGCUCAAAACAUCCAAAGCGCGUUCACGGGUCAAAUCGAUGAACAAAAAAGCUAUGAAAACUCAAACAGAUUAUUUUCAUCAUUGUUAGAACUUGAAGAGAAAAUUAAAAACCCGCAACGUUCUGAAACGGCUGAAGCUGAUAUACUCAGAGACACUGACGGAGUUAUGCAGCUGGAACCUUUCGAAUAUCUCCCCGUGAAGUCCGGCACGCGUGAUGGAGGUGAAACUGUCGAGGACAAGAAGGGCGACGAGCUCGGAGAUGUGACCGACAAGGAUGAGACUUCAGAAUUUUACAAAAAAUGGAACCAGAUCGAGAAUAUGGAACUCCGGAGAUUGGAAUCAAAUGUGGUGCGUCAAAGAUAUGAAGCGCUUGACGAUCUGAGAAAGGAAAAUCUACGAAUGAAGUUGUCACAAGAUGAAGACGUGGAAAACGAGGAGGGAAAUGACGGAUUAACAGCGGCGAUCUCGGAUUUAGACGAUGAGAAACUUGAGAAAUCUUUCCAAGACCUGAGCCUCUUAGCGGAGAUACCCGUUCAUAAAAAAGGUUCUGGUCAUCUUCUUGGAAAAAAGGGAAAACCCAAGGGAUCAAAUACUGAAAAGGGGAAAGAAAAUAAUGGGAAAAAAUCGAGUCAUCGCUAAAAUAAUAACAGAUGCUGAUGCAGAUGACACUAAAAAUGAGCAGAUGAGACCGAAAGAAUCAAAGCAUGGCUCGCUAUUUCAAUGUCGUCGCGUUUUUUUCAUGUUGGAUCGACAAAAUUUUGAUCGUUUCACUGAAUUAAGCAAUAAUCCAUGAGGGA